AUGGAUGAAAAUGAAUACGAUAGUAGCAUUGAAGAUUUACCUCAAGAAGAGUCAAUUGACGAAUGCUAUGAAAGCGAUUUUGAAAAAGAAGCUGACUCACUUGUCAAAAACUCCAGCAUUACUACGCCAAUUGGGGCUCAAAAAUCCUUUAUCACCCAACAAAAUUGGCCAGGAGUAUCUCUUAACUCCAAGAUCUCUUCAACCAAAGUAAAUUAUCAAACUGUGUCCUCAAGCGCAACUUCUCUAGAAAACCCUCAAAAAGUGAUAGCCAGACUUCAAAAAGAAAACGCAAGCUUAAGAAACCAAUUAAAAGAAUUAAAUCUAAGAUUAAAUGAAGUUUUAGACAUCUCAAAGAAGAAAAUUCUUAAAGCCCCUGAUACAGCUACACGGGAAGAAGGAAUCCGAAAGCAAGCAGACACAAAAGAUAAGCAAGUUCGCGUUUAUGAAAACGAAUACAAUCGAUUGAAGGCUCGUUUAGAACAGUUACAUGACACCAACUAUGCAGUGCAGCUUAAAUACUCAAUUAAAGAAAAAGAAGAAAAAGUCAAGGACUUUGAGAAGCAGUUUAAAAUAUUGUCGGCUGAACAAAAAAAUAGAGCAAAACUGCUGAAUAAAGUGUAUGGAGAUGGAUUGCCUGACGACAUGAAAGAGUUAAAUGAAGUGAUGGAGGAGUCUAACCAUUUGAGAGAACAAGUAAAUGAGCUGGAAGCAAAGCUUGAAAAGAGUCAUGAAGGAUAUGAGCAGCAAUAUGAGCUAGAAUUGAAUUUGACUGAAAAACUGGAGAAGCUUCAAGAAAUUUCGGAAAGUUAUAAUAUUGAACUGGGAAAGCAGAAGUCUCCUUCGAAGAUAAAUACAACUUAUGAAAAUCUACUAAAAAGCUACCAAAACACAGUAAAAAUCAAUGAAAACUCUAUCAACCAUUUGAAAUCUCAAGAAAAAGAUUUAAAAAAGCUUUUCGAUUCAAAUGUUAUAGAAAUCAAUACAAUAAAAAAAGAAAUUAAAGAAAAAGAAGAGAUCUCAAUGAGAGUCAAAGAGGAGCUAAAAAAUAUAAUGAAAAUAGCAGAAAGCAAGAACUUAGGCAAUUUAGUAACUUUGCUUGAGUCAAAGCCUAAAGUAUCGUCUCAUUCAAGCUCUCCUCAGCCUAGGGCUUCUCAAGACUCCAACAGAGAAAUCCACACAAUUGCUGAAGUAGAAGAAUCCUUAGCUGAAAGCAAAUCUCUUGUCAUGGCAAUUUCUUCAAAAGAUCUCAAAAAGCCAAGUCCGUUCAAAUUCAAUAAAAAAGUAAUCAAUGAUGAAAUUGAUGAAGAAAUUCCUGGAGAAAAUAUGCUUGUUGAUGUUCCGCUUGUUAAAUCAGUUCUUGAAACUCAAAAAAGCUAUGAAAGUGAAAAUUUGAAAUCAACUCCAAAUAUUAGUUCUACUAAAGCGAAUAAGCCAAAGCUUGAUUUUCGAUCAAUUUUAAAUCAAAAUCCGGUAGCAUCUCCAUCUAUGGAAGAAAUUAAACCUGAAAAUAAGCCGGUUAACCGUGGCCAAAACUCUUUAGAGUCUUUAGAUGCUUUAUUAGGGAUUAAAAAAGCGGAGACUGAAGUAAAAGGUUUAGAAGAUUUUACUGAGCAUAGAAAAAGUUCAGCUAAAGAAGAGUCAAAGACAGUUAUUCCUUCGAAACCAUCAAUUUUUCAAGAAUUAGAGCCAACACCAAAUACUAAAUCAAUAUUCGAAGAGUUAAGGUCCACAAAUAAACCAUUUCAGGAAGACCUAAGAUCUUCAAAAAGCAAGCCAAUCUUAGAUGAACUGAAGCCAGCAAGCAGUAAAUCAAUCUUCGAUGAAUUGAAGCCCACAAACAAAAAAUCAAUAUUUGACGAGCUCAAGCCUACAAACAAUAAAUCUAUUUUUGACGAUUUAAAGCCAGCUACAGAAAAUAAACCAUUUUUUGAAGAACCAAAGCCAACUUCAAAUAAAUCAAUUUUUGAAGAACUUAAGCCAAAUAAUAAAUCAAUAUUUGAUGAGCUGAAGCCAUCUGAAAAGUCAAUUUUUGACGAGCUUAAUUCAAACAAUAAAGCUGAGUCUAAUUUGCCAUCAUUUUUAAAGGAUGAGCCUUUUUCAUCAAAACCCCAGGAAAAGCCUGUAAAAUCUACUCGAGAUCGAUCUCAUCUGUUUCAAGAGAAAAAAUCUGAUGAUCUCUUUAGUAAUAAAAGUCUAUUUAAUAUAGACGAAAUUAAACAUACAGUUUCACAAAAUUCAGAAGCAACUCUUAUAUCACCUCCAACUCAAGCAGGAACUGAGAGUGUAAAUCAGUCUAAUUAUGCAUAUUUAAAAUGAUUAGCAUCGUUUUUGAUUACAGUCAGUAGAUAUAUAUUUUUAUUCAUGAUAAAUGGAAAUAUCUUUUUUCAGAGCCUAGCAUUCCUAAAUCAAAAAACACAAGAGAAAGACCUAAUAUGUUCCAAUCAGAACAGUUCAUGCCAGAAAGCUUUAACUCCAUUCAGCAGAAUAAUGAUAAAUUUGAGCUUAAUUUAAAUCAAAAUAAAUGAAGCUCAUUCAAUGAGCACGAAAUCAACCGUCCCAGCUUAAAAGAGCCGCGUAAAUCAGUUCUCCAACAAGACAAAGGGGACAAACUAAAAAAUUUAGCUGAAAAAGCUGAAAAAAAUGAAUUUUUCCAAGAUUUAUUUGGAAGCCCAGAUGAUAAAAAAAUAGAAUUCACAAACAUUAAAAGCAAACUUUUACCUACAACUCUUGAAAAAAACCAAAAAGCAAUUCCAAAGCCUGUCGAGCCUAUUAUCGAUAACACCCCAAGUGAUAUUUUCAGGUUCAGUGAGCCUGCAAGUUUUGCUCAAAAAAUUCAGCCACCAAGUACUGAUACCUCAUCAUUCAUAAAAUCCGAAGCUUCAAAGAAGCCGACAUUUGAUUUAAUUGAAGAAGAUUUGAUACUUUAG